ACUUCCGCUGUCCCGCGGAGGGCGGGGGCAGCGAACUGUUGUGGUGCGGAGCAUUGGGCGGGCGGCGGCCGGGCGGCCCAGGGGCUGCCGCGGGACUCCUGGCGCAGCCGAGGGGCUGCAGGGGUGGGGCGGGCCGGACACUCCGCGGGGCCCGGGCGCCGCGGGUUCGAGGCCGGGCCCCGCGCGGGGAGGCCGCGCCACCCCGAGGGAGCUGCCCGGCGGCGAGUUUGUCCAGCAGCCGAAAGAAGGCGGGAGCCAGCGGGGGCCCUCGAAACCCGCUGGCAACCCCGGCCUGAAGUCCCCGGGGAGCCGCCGCUUCCAGGGACGCCCUCCCGGACGCCCCUGCCGAAGGGUAACGGUUCUGGGCCCCCGGCAGAAGGCGCCUCCGGGUGACCCCCGGCGGGGCCCUGCGAGCCGCUGGAGUCAACCCCGGGGCCUCGAGCGGGGAGGAAGGGGCUUUCCAGAGACGCGGGCCGGAGCCAAAGGAGCCGGAGCGUGGCGGAGCGGAGCGGGCCCUCCGGGGCGCGGGGCAGUGCAGUGCCUUGUCUGGAGACGGACUCUGGGACCCUCGGGUCCGGGGGUCUCAGCGACCUGCCCCGCGGGGAGUACGGCCGCGGAGUGGCCUACAGGUGACCUCUUCCCGAGGGGCUGGCCCGGGGCGGGGAGAUGAACGGCUUUAGCACCGAGGAGGACAGCCGCGAAGGGCCCCCUGCCGCCCCGGCCGCUGCCCCGGGCUACGGCCAGAGCUGCUGCCUCAUCGAGGACGGCGAGCGCUGCGUCCGGCCCGCGGGCAACGCCUCCUUCAGCAAGAGGGUCCAGAAGAGCAUCUCACAGAAGAAACUCAAGCUGGACAUCGACAAGAGCGUCAGGCACCUGUAUAUCUGCGAUUUCCACAAAAAUUUCAUCCAGAGUGUACGAAAUAAAAGGAAGAGGAAGACAAGUGACGAUGGUGGAGAUUCUCCUGAGCACGACACUGACAUUCCUGAGGUUGAUCUGUUCCAGCUGCAGGUGAACACUCUACGACGUUAUAAACGACACUACAAAUUGCAGACCAGACCAGGCUUCAAUAAGGCCCAGUUAGCAGAAACUGUCAGUCGACACUUCAGGAACAUACCUGUGAACGAAAAAGAGACCCUCGCCUACUUCAUCUACAUGGUGAAGAGUAACAAGAGUAGACUGGACCAGAAAUCCGAGGGUGGCAAGCAGCUUGAGUGAAGAUGAAGUAUAAUGCCUAAUGCACAGGUGAUAUCUGCUACAUUUAAGCCCAUAGAGACUUUUAAGUUUUAUUGUAAAUAAAAAAGUUUGAAUGAUAAAUACUGUAAAUCUCUUUGGUCAGGAGGAUUAUGUUCUCCUGAUUCAGCAUGUGUAUACAAAGACUUUCUUUUAAGGCAACUACUGGGCUGAAAAAACAAGAUCAUAAAAAGAAUUAAAGAAAACUAUGUAUUGCAGCAUUUAAGAAAACAUCAAGUCAGUUCUACUGGAAGUGUGGGAUAACAAAUAUUUUGGUAGUCACCUUAUAAUCCCACACUGCCACGUGUGAGAUGUCACCCUGGAAUAGCAGCCGGGUACAGCUGAUGGUGGAGGUGCAUGAGCACACCCACGUGCGCUGGGGACGUAAUGCCCCGCCUCCUAAAAAGCUUUGUCAUUUAUCAGAAAAUCAGUUUGACCCUGGUCCCCUUCACUGGUCCUGCACCUCACACACAGUAGGCAUUCAGUCAGUAUCUGUUGGCUAAUUGGGCUGUGACUAACAGUGCCAGCCUUUUAACAUCUGCUUCACACCUCUAGUUAACGACACCUCUGCCAUGUCUGUGGUCCGCCACUUAAAUUCUAGAGUGUGGAGGAAAUCCUGAUGCACAAUGAAAGGUUUCAGAUCCAGUGAGGAUUCAGGGCCAUCGCACGCGCCAAGCUGUCUUUGUGGAGGUUCCAGAAACACGGAUGCGAGCUGUAAGAAGCAGCCCUUUGCACACCCCGCUGCGCUUCAUUCUUUGUGGUGAAGUUAUGCUCUAUGGCUUCAGCCAUUCUCCUGGGCCAUAAAUUCUUUGGCAAACAGAGGUACUUAGUGGUUUGGAGCUAAUGUUUUCAGUAGUACUAAUCCAUAGUUCACAACCACCAAGGAAGCUGCCCCGGACCAUGUGACUCCUGCUCAGCAGUCCAGCUCUGGGGUGGAAAGUCUGACGGGCCUUGAUACCCUGGGCUCCAAGAUCAGCAGGAAAUCAUGGUUUUGAGCAACAAAGGUCAGUGCCAUCUGAUGCUCGUUUUUGAGAGCAAUUUGCCUCCCUUUUAGGGGGAAGGAUUGCUAACGUGAUUUUUUUUUAAGUGUUAAUAAUUACCUGAUAUUUUUACGUUCAAAAACUCCAUUUCCUCGAUCUAAUUAUAUCACAGCCAAAGCAUCCUUUGAAAACAAAGCUUUAUAUCCAAAAGUCUACUUUUCCAAAUUUUUCUAAUCAAUGUGUUGGGGGGCAGAGGGUGUUAGGUAAGGAAUGGGAGCAAAAGAGAAGGAAAGGAUUUGGAAUGCUAAUUUCUGACCCUCUUGACAUAUACUGUGGUCAAAAAUAUCAUUUUCUUACUCAGUUUUAAUUCUGAGUUCUUUCUUAAGCCUUAAAUACUAAAAGGAGCCAUGGACAGCCUGGCCUUGGCAGAGUUUUAAUGUCUCCUACGUGGCUUAAUCUGAGCAUCAACACAGAGAAGUCAGAAUGAAAAUCCGCACUGAGCAAGGUGGUGGAUUCAUGUCUGUGGAGCAGAGUGCCCUGCUUUCUAUGGCUUGGGGACAGGGCCACCACUGUCACUAAAACUCAGUGUGUUCCAUUGCAGCGCAGCUUUCGCCGGUGUUCAAAAUGCAUGCCUAGCAGCUUGCAUCCUUUUUACACAUGUGUAGACGAAUGUACAUAGAACAUACUCUAGGCUACGAGGGGGUCUUAUUUUAGUACACCUGGCUGUGGGUGGCAUGUCAGGGUGCUGAAUGUUUAGUCAUUCAGAUCCUGCUGUAUUUAAAGGUUUCUCACUACUUACAGCUGACGUUGAUGUAUAUGUAAGCAGCAAGACGGCUCAAAGGUGUGUGGAUUAUCUAGUUUUUUUCCCUGAGAAGCUGAAUUAGAAAAUAGAAAGGCUUUGAAGGCAUCAGACACCAAGCCCCCUUUGUCAGAGGGUGUGUUUUCUCAUCAGGCUGGAGUUUGGGGGCAACUGGGGCCUGUAGGUUAAGGGAUUCAUUGGUAACCUGCUUUCUGGAAAUGUCCCUAUCUUACUGAGUUAGAGGGUGUAUUUUUCUGAUGUUUAAACCAAAAUUAUGGAUGUGUACGUCAUGUCACUAUUUUUCUAACAGUAAAUCUGUUUUCCCAGUUGAGAGAGACAGCAGUACAAGAUAUAUUCUGUACAAGAAUAUGGUGUUAGGAUCCAUCUGUUCAAGUGUGUCUGUAAGAAUGCUUUUGUUCCAAAGAGAAGCCUGGGGAAACUUUGCACCUCCAGCCAGGUGCUGUGCGCACAUGACUCCCAUGCCAUCGUCUUUCCUCUAAAGGGGGUUACCUUUGGAAAGUGGAGGUUGUGGGUCUCUUUUCCACCUUUGAAAACACGUCAGGUGAGAGAAAAGACAAAGCUAUCUGAACUUACAUUUCUCUUGUGUGCAGAAAUCUGUUCUUUCAUCAAACCACUAAACCACUUGCCUUAGUCUCUUCUGCAGUUUCCCAUGGCUUGAUCUGUGGGCAGGAGACUUCUGCCUGCCUGUUAGAAAUGGCCGGGCCCUCCAAAGCAACUAGGUCUGGCUUCAGGGAGCAGUGGGGUUUGGGGCAAGCAGUGUUCACCUUGACUGCCUGCAUUUUUACGCCGCCUACCAAGGACUCUUCGUUUCUCUCCACUUGUAACAUUGCAGCAUUGCCUUCUCUCCUCUCGGUGCUCCUGGGCAUAACUGGAAUUUGAAAUAGAACUGGCACUGCCUUCUUAAAGAGCAUGGUUCCUGCCUCAGUUCGGGCCUGGUAUGGUUUUCUCAUAUGCCCUGAAGGAUAUCACAUGGAAAUGUCAAUAUCCUGCCAUUCAUGUGGCUCCAUUUUAAGGUUUUUAAAAAACAAAUGGACAAACUUAUUUCAACGAACAAACUCUUAGGUUGGCAACAGCACAUGAAAAAGAUCAUAACUGAAUCCUAUGAAAGAUUGAAACCAAAGGAUUCAAGACCGGUGUUGUAAAAUGAAGAGGAAUUUCACUUAUGUGUUAUAGCCGCCAAGCUGUUAGAUGUUCCUGUCAAAGCUAAAUAUUCACUGCUAGCCUUCCAGAGAACAGAUAUUAAUAAUUGUUUGCAGCUGGAAUGUUGCAUCCUACCCUGGCAUUUCAGCUGUUUAUUAUGUGGGCAUUUUUGGUUAAUAUCCUACAGGACAAGUGCCUGGAGGAAGGGAGAAGUCAGGAGAGGAAGCUGACUCUGGGGACCUCGCCUAUUGAAAUAAGCUGUUCCGACCCAGAGUGAUUGCUUCAUGGAAAUCAUCUGAAGGCUCUCAGUCAUUAUAAUGACAAGCUUCAGAAGUUGGGAAAGGGCCGUUAACUCAUCCAGUCCAGUCUCUCCAUAGGUGCUGACAUUCUGCCUCCAACCAUCCCCCCAAGGGUUUGAGCAGUCUGGGCUUAAACACCUCAGAGGACAGAGAACUCACUACCUCCUGGGGGUAUCUGGUUCUAUCUUUGUAAACUUCUGGCUUUUUCUGUGUUCUCUGUAACUUCCAUCCGAGUCUCUGCCCACAUGGAACAAGUUGCUCAUCUUGGCCAAGGAUUCAAUUACUGGCGCUGUCCCACGGCAUAGCAAUUGUCAUUUGAAAAGGAGCAGCUAGCAAGUAGACAUGUUGGCGUCCUGAUUGCCCACCCCCUGAGUGCAUUCAGUUCCGUGUUGGAGAAUAUUGAGGAAACCCCAUCAGCCUGGUUCUUGCUGAAGCUGAUGGAAAGAGUCAGGGGAGGCAGGGAUGCUAUUGGCUAAAAACAAACAAACAAACAAACAAGACAUAAGACAGAGGAGGCCUUAGUUCCGUGCUUGUUCCACAAAAGCUAAUGCUCACAUCACUUAGGAAACACUUUAGCUAGAAAAUUUUAGAAUAUUGCUCUGUGUGGAGUUUAAAGUUUCCAUAGCUGCUGAGGGCUUAUACCUUAAGAUUCCUGCAAAUACUUCACGUUGUUUUUACUGAGAAAACAGAGCUUAGGAACGUGGGGGAACCACAUCUCUCAGUGUCAGACAAGUGCCAUAUUUUCAAGCUAUAAAGUUACUAUUGUCCAAUUCAUUCUUAGGGGAAUGAGAUGGGGAAACAAAUUCAAAAAAGACUUACCCGGGUCCAGGCAUUACCUGGACUAACCUGUCACCUUUGGGACGUGUCCAGUGCUCCUCUCCCUUUCUGACUUGCAGCACAACUCUAAUCCAGUGUAAAGUGAGUUGCCCUCAGAUUCUUAAGACCUUGCAACUGAGCAAAGGAUCCCAAGACCAACCUGCAGAGCUCAAGGUUGAAUGAAUGAUUAGAAAAUCAGUCAUUUGAGUUUUGCAAAACGAAUGGGAGGGGUGAACAGAACCAGCCUAUAAUUUAAGACCAGGGUUCAAAGUCCUAGAGGAAGAUGUAGUGUUCUCCUAGAAUCUAAAAGUCUCUUGAAAUGGCCUUGCUCUGUGAUCUGUUGGUCAGACACCUGCCUUUCAGGUGGUCCUUGGAGCUGGUGUGAUUCAGUUGGCCCUGACUCGGAUAGACACAGUUCUGUGGCCCUUGUGAUUUGCAGUCUCCCAGCCCCUGUUACUGAGCUAGGCAGUUGACCUGCAGGACAGGUGAGCUCUCAGUCAUGCCCUGGGAAGCAUGGUGCUUUAGGGGUGCCUUUUUAUUCCUUUCGUUUUAUUACAGACUGUUUCCAAGUUUAUGGUUAGGAAGAAUAAAGGUGAUCUGAUGUUUUCAGGUGGGAUCCAAACUGGGGCAAGGUGGGACCUUUUCUUAAGGUAGAAAUGUCUCCAAUCAGUUACUUCAUCUAGCCUGCAUCUUAAAACACAAACCCUUUGGUUGCUGUCACUAAAUGAACACAUCUUUGCCAAUGACAGGGUUGUACAGGACCCCUGUCCCCUAUUUCUAUUACCCGUUACGCCCAUCAGAGUGUUUUGGGGGGGGUGGAUUUCUUUUUUUUUUUUUCCAUUUUGUAACUGCCUUAUUGAAAAGCAAGUGCCCUUCCAUUCCAGGCCUCCGCAUAGUGUACAUGUUUCCUGCCAAACUUGGGGGAUCAUUUGUAUUUUAAUUUUGUAAUCUAUGGCUCUGUACUGUUGAAAGGCUCUCAAUUCUGUGGGGUCUCCUUAGUAAUGUAUGUGACUUUUCAUGUUGCAAUAUCACACAGAUGAGAUGGCCCGACUUUCGCUCUUAAUAAAUGAUCUGAAUGAGUAA